UCUUAGCCAAUCAGAUGAAUCCGUCGAAUGAUUUCAAAAAAAACGUUCGAUUUAGAGAAACCGUUAGAUUUCUGGAAAUCUUAAGUUCCUUGAAAUUCUACAAGUUCGUUGGUCGAAACGACGUAGCGUGUUUCGUGAUUGGUCGACCCCGUUUCUUCCAUCUAAGCGGUGCCAUUUGUCCGAGUGUUAGUGACCCGUCUGGACUCGUUUUGUUGCGAACAAUAAUAAUCUUUGACAUGUCAAAGGAUCAGCCACAGGGUGGUGGUAGAGCAGUUGGCCGUGCAAGAGGACGUGCCAAGAGACAGCAGCCUCAAGAACAGGCACAGGUGCGUAGACCUGGAGACGAGAGAAGACCCGAGCCUCCGAGUAUGCAGCAGCAGCAGCAGCCAGGACCAGAAUCAAUUCAAGCAGCUAGAUCAGUUCCUGGUGGUAGUGGUAGAGCCAUUCAACGUGGAGGAGUUAGGUCUGAACAAAGACCCGGAGAUGUGGAGGCAUUAACAAGAGCUGUUGCUUCAGCACAAAUAAGUGGUGAGAGUGCCGGGAGAGGUACAAGACGUGGAAGACAAGAAAUAUAUGAGCCGGUUACACGGCCAGAACAUGUUGCAGACAAGAGAGGUAAAAGUGGAAGUAAAAUUGAAGUGUACUCAAAUUACUUCNUGUCCAUAAAAACCCCUACUUUGUUGACCACCAAUAGUUUUCAAGCAAAAAUAGUCUUUAUGAGAGAAGGUCACUUUGGAAAAUCAACUAAACAAAUGGCUGCCGAACAUAAUGGAAAGGUUAUUUGUCCUAGAACAAAAGAAGUAUUUGAUAUUAAAGAAGCUGAGAAAAUAACAGAAGUGUAUUCAAAAAGGAGAACAGAUGAUGAAAACAUUCAAAUUACUAUAAAGAGAGUUGCAGAAUUGGCCCCAAAUCACCCUGAAGUGAAUAGACUUUUUAAUACACAAAUGAGAAGAAAUCUCCAACAUUUAGAAUUUUCGUUGUUGGGCCGUCACUUUUUUGAUAAAUUCGAAGUAUCAGAAAUCCCAGAACAUAACAUUGAAUUGUGGAGAGGAGUUCUUACUUCUAUCCAGGAACAUGAAACUGGUAUGAUGAUGGCAGUAGAUACAGUUCAUAAAGUUUUAAGACGAGAUACUGUACUUCAGCAGAUGACAAAUAUAGCACAGGAAGACACAAGAAAUUCUAAGGAUAACUGUAUAAAAAAAUUAGCUGGUGCAAUUGUGAUGACUCGUUAUAAUAACCGUACUUACCGAAUUGAGGAUAUUGAUUGGAACAAAGAUCCAACUCAUACUUUUGAAAUGAAAAAUGAGAGAAUUUCUUAUAUGCAGUAUUAUAAAAGACAAUAUGACAUAACUAUUAGAGAUGGCAGGCAGCCAUUACUCUUAUGUAAGUCAAAGCAGAGAGAACUGAGAACUGAGAAAUCAAAUCUCAUAUAUCUCAUACCAGAACUAUGCUGCAUGACAGGAAUAACUGACGAAAUGAGGGCAGAUUUUCGUGUGAUGAAAGACUUAUCGAUGCAUACGAGAUUAGAACCUGGCAAACGUGUGUCUAAUUUGCUGACAUUUAUCAACCGCAUUAACAGACAUAGUCAAAUCAGGAGAGAGAUGGAUGGGUGGGGAAUUAAGUUUGCAGAUCAACUGGUGAAAAUGGAAGCCAGAGUGGUUCAAGCAGAAACAAUAUUGCACCAGGGUGCUCAAUCCACAUAUGAUCCGUCAACAGCAGACUUUUCGAGAGAGAUGCGGGGCAAGUCUAUGUUCAUGUCAAUUCCUUUGACUAAAUGGAUUCUUAUUACACCAUCUAAAGAGAGAACCAAGGCAGAGGAUUUUGUUCAGACUUUAAGAAGAGUCUGCCCUCCAAUGGGGAUGCAAGUCUCACCACCAGAUAUUACAGUUAUUAAUGAUGUGAGACCUAACACAUAUAUAAGUGCAAUGCGCUCAACUUAUAAUCCAGAACUCCAGAUGAUUGUUGCAUUAGUACCAAAUAAUAGUAAAGACAGAUAUGAUGCUAUUAAGAAAUUAGGUUGUGUAGAUCUUGGAGUUCCUACACAAGUAAUUGUUGCAAGAACUUUAUCAAAAAAACAGAUGUUGAUGUCUGUUGCAACAAAAAUAGGAAUACAGCUUAAUUGUAAAUUAGGAGGAGAAGCUUGGGCAGUUGCCAUACCGUUGUCUGCUCCACUGAUGGUGAUUGGAUUUGAUACAUACCAUGACUCGAGUCGCAAGGGUCAUUCUGUUGGUGGAUUUGUAGCCAGUUUGAAUAAAUCUUUGACUAAAUGGUAUUCCCAGGUUUCUUUUCAUCAAACUGGAGGUUGGCAAGAGAUGUCCGAUACUAUGAGUGUUCAUAUGACAAGUAAGUUUUUUUUUAGAUACGAUUUCUUCUUGGUAUCACAGAGUGUUCGACAAGGGACGGUCUCUCCAACACAAUAUAACGUGAUAUUUGACACCAGCGGUUUGCCUCCCGAACACAUUCAACGACUGACGUUUAAACUAACUCAUCUCUAUUUCAAUUGGCCAGGAACAAUCAGAGUUCCGGCUCCUUGCCGAUACGCGCAUAAGCUGGCCUUCCUUUCGGGGCAGUCGCUUCAUAAAAAUCACGCCGAACAGUUGGCAGACACAUUGUUUUACUUGUGAACGUUGUGUUAGAGGAUUAUUGAUGUAUACAUGAUUAACUUUUCGAGAAAAAUGUAGUUUCAUCUUAU